CCAUUGUAUACAGUUUUUGUUGGGAAGAUUUUUCCACACCUUAAAGCGGAUGUGCGACGCUGCUGGGGAUUGUAUGCAGUUUUUGUUGCAGAAGGACAUAAACAUUGCAGCACUUGCUUGUUGGCCCUGGAAAUGCAGUCUCUGAAUUAGGGAGCUCGAGCGAUUUGUAGUGCAUGGUAAUCUUAUCCCACAUCAAGAAAUCUAUUCAUUUAUGAAACCUUGGACUUCAGAAUACCCGUGAUUCGGCUGCCCAGGCACUAGGAAAGGACUUAGUAAUGGCACUUGGUGCGCCACUGUAUCAUCCGGGACCAAUGAUAUUGUGUUGUGUUUUAAUUUUUCACAUUACAAUGUGCUAUUGGCUCAGGAUGUCACGGUAGCUUACCGAGAAUGUAGGUAUGUUUCUUUCCAGAAUUAGAUAGGGGAUAACGUUACGGUAACGCAGCACAAGCUCCGAAAUUCAAACGGUUAGCGGGAAUUUGAAUUUGAAAUUUCGUAACGGCCAAAUAAUCUCCGGGCCCACCCUUUUCCUUUGCAAAUACCGAGUAGAGACUACUACUUCUCCACAGAUUCAACCCUCCACCUUCUCUCUCCGUCUCUCUUAGACGCACAACAAUGGCGUCGCUCACUCCAGGAAUCCUCCUGAAGCUCCUCCAGUCAAUGAACUCCGCCACCAAAGUCACCGGCGACCACCGCUCUGCCCUCCUCCAAGUCAUCGGCAUAGUCCCCGCCCUUGCCGGCUCUGACCUCUCGUCCAACCAGGGCUUCUACGUCCAGCUCUCCGACUCCCUCAACUCCACCUACGUCUCCCUCUCCGAUCAGGACACCGACCUCAUCCUCACAAACCGCCUCCAGCUCGGCCAGUUCGCCUACGUCGACCGCUUCAAUUUUGACUCCCCCGUCCCACGCGUCCUCGGUAUCCGCCGCAUUGCAGGCCGCCACCCCUUUCUUGGUACCCCAGAGCCCCUUGUGGCCAGAUUCUCUACCUCAAAGCGCGAGUUCGUGAUCCAGCCCGUGUCGGAUUCUGACCAGUCCGCCGAUUUCAUGGCGAUUUACCUGUCCAAUAAGCAGCAGGAGCAGGUUGUGAGGAAUGACAACAAAGAAGCCAAGAUUGAGAAGGCACGACCAUCAAGGCAGCCUCUUGCUCCUCGAGACAAUGUCAAUACGGGAGGGAAUUUGAAUUCAAAUUCAAUUUCGGAUGAGGCUAAGAAGAUCUCAGAUCGGCCGGCUUCCAGGUUUUCGUCUCCGGCAGGUGCAAAGAGGUCUGUUUCUGUCGGGAAGAAGAACCCUGCAUCGGCCGAGAGAGAUCCAUCGCUGGCAGGAAAAGGAAAGAGAUCGGGAUCUCCAGCCCCCUCGAAAUGCGUGGUUCCAAGCUUAAUUGUGGCGAAGGAAGAGGAUAGGAAGGCGUCGAAAGAGGCGGCGAUUAUAGUGCCGUCAAGGUACCGACAGCCGUCCCCGGUUGGGCAGCGGAGGCAGCCUUCGCCGAAUGCACGGAGGGCUUCGCUUUCUCCCGGGAGGCGGUUGUCCGGAGGAGUGAAGGACUCUGCUGCCAAGAAGAAGAUGGCAGGUAUAGUUGCAGGGAUUUCGAAGGUUUCGGAAGCCCUCAUUGGGUCUGGAAAGGGUAAUCGAAAGGGCUGGGAUGAGUCGCCGGCGGUGGAGCAGAAAGAGAAGCCUGCGGCGAAGAACAAACCAGAUUUGCAGUCAUUUAUAAGGACUCAGGCUGCCCUUGCACGACGAUUAAGCGAUGCGAAAGGUGGAAUUCCGAACGGCGGUGAUGAUUCUUCCAGCAAUGAGAAAACGAAAUCAGGAUCACUGAAAGAUUUGGUGGUCCAAGAGAGACCCAGCUGUGCAGCAGCUCCGGGCAUCACUGUUCAUGGAAAAAAAUGGACUGAUGGAAGUGUCUCACUUGAUGCAGUCUCUUCAGACCUUGCAAGGCUUGGAAAGGAAGCUUUGCAGAGGAAAGUUCUAGCUUCUGCAGCCGCAGCUGAAGCUCUGGAGGAGGCCAUUGCUACUGAGUCUCUAGUGAGGAAAUUAAGCAUGUUUGCAGAACUCGCUUCUACAUCCAAGGUUGGGAGCCCUCUACCCGCCAUUGACCGCUUCUUUUCGAUCUAUGAUGAAGUUGUUAAAUCGACCACACUUACUGAAUCAAUUGCUAGUAACCGCAAUUCAGAUACAUGUUACAAUGAUCAAAUUCCCACUGAGCAAUCGAAACCUGUUUCACUUUGGGUCGAAGCUGCCUUAGCUACUGAUCUCAGCGUUGUCUCUCUCCUUGCCGCCCAAGACAAUGAAACUCCAUCGGCUUUGCAGAAAAGUCUGUCAAAAAGACGAUACACACCUGCCAAAUCCCAUCUCAAGAUUUCCCCUUCUUCACCGCAGUCCACUGCUGGCGUUGGAACAUGGAUGAAGGGUCAUGGAAUGAAGGAGACAGUCGAGCUUGCAGUAAGUCUGCAAUCCGAGAUGCAAAUGUGGUUUCUGCAGUUUGUCGAGAAGGCUCUGGAUGCCGGUUUCCGAGUGUUUGGAGAGUGCGCUGCAAAUGGCGGUAAAUUGCCUAUCGACUGUGGCUCCAUUGCAGCUGUUCUAUCGCAGUUGAAGCGAGUGAAUGAGUGGCUGGAUGGAGUCGUCUCGAGAAGGAAUGAGCUGAAUGAGAAGGUUGAUGGGCUGAAGAGGAAGAUCUACGGCUUUGUUAUUCAACAUGUUGGGACGACGUUCGACAACCCCACUCCUCUUGCUUCUUCUUCCUCUUGAUUCCAUAAUUUUAAUAUAUUUUGGUCUCUAUGUUAGUCUCCAUCUUUUCUAAUUGUAUUCCCAAUUUGUCACAACUGCUUGAUGUGGUAAUCGCUAUUUUGCAAAGAAUUCAUUCGAAUUGUUGUUUUUC